AUUUCAUUCAAACGCGUUUCACGUCUGUUUUCGAACGGUCAACACAACGGAUGGGAUCGGAUCGCGCGAUCACCAGUUGUCGCCACCGCCAUAACACUCACACUCACUACCAGCGAUUUAGAAACCCAUGAACUAAGCAAACACACAUCUUCCGUGGCUGACCAAUGGUCCAUAAACCCCCUUACCGCCUGUGAUAAAGUGCCCGUCUCUGAACUUGUAAUCUAGUGUGUGUCAGCAAAAAAAAAGCAAACAAAAUGAAAGUCCCCACGCGCAGCUCAAAAUAUUCAUUCAAUUUGAAAAUAUUCAAAUUGCAUAACGAUAAGAAACCAACUAGCCCCAGUCCACCAACCUCACCUGUGAUCUCAGCGAAAAGAAACUCAUGGCGCGCUUCGUGGCGAUCUGCAUUGGGCUCCAAGAGCAAGUCCAUCGCAACGCCCACAGACGACGGGGAUACCAUCGAUUUGGAGGCGGAACCAGAGUUUUUCGAGCGUACCAGGUACCACAGCUCUUGCUCCUCCUGCUCGGAUCAACUGUUUCCCGCCAUCCAGAUUCCCCAAGGCGAUGAGCUUAUGUCAAUGCCAUGGUUUGGAAUGGACAUUGGCGGAACCCUAACAAAGUUGGUCUACUUCGAGCCCAAGGACAUAACGCCGGAUGAGCAGGAUCGCGAGGCUGGCAUUUUGCGGAAUAUUCGACGAUACUUAACCAAAAACUCGGCGUACGGCAAAACCGGACAUCGAGAUACGCACCUACAGAUGGACAAUGUCGAGAUACGUAAGAGACGUGGCUCCUUGCAUUUCAUUCGCUUCCAGACCACGGACAUGGGCAACUUUCUGUCGCUGGCCAAACAGAAGGGCAUGGCCGAGUUGGUGACCACGGUUUGUGCAACCGGCGGCGGAGCCUUCAAGUUCGAGCAGGAUUUCCGUGAUCAAGUCAACAUGAAGCUGGCCAAAUUCGAUGAACUGGACACGCUUAUUAAGGGCAUCCUUUUCGCCGACCUGCACAAUCGCACGGAGUGCUAUUACUAUGAAAACGCACGUGACAUUCUAAAAAGCGAGAAACGACAAUUUAACUUCUCCCAACCGUUCCCGUUUAUUCUGGUUAAUGUCGGAUCUGGAGUCUCCAUCCUGGCGGUCUACGGUCCAGACAACUACAAGCGCAUUUCAGGCACAAGCUUGGGCGGCGGUACAUUCCUCGGACUGUGUUGCCUACUCACCGGUUGCACAUCCUUUGAAGAGGCUAUCCAACUGGCCACCAAGGGCGACAAUAGGAAGGUGGACAAAUUAGUUAAGGAUAUUUAUGGCGGUGAUUAUAACCGCUUUGGUCUGCCCGGUGAUUUGGUGGCGUCAAGCUUUGGCCAGAUGCAUCUGAAUGACAAACGUGUUUCAGUAUCACGUGAGGAUUUGGCCAACGCCACACUGGUCACCAUUACAAACAAUAUUGGCUCUAUAGCAAGGAUGUGCGCACUGAAUGAGAAGAUCGAUAGGGUCGUCUUUGUGGGAAACUUUUUGCGAGUAAACCCUAUUUCCAUGAAGUUACUGGCGUACGCAAUGGAGUUCUGGUCCAACGGCACAAUGAAGGGUCUAUUCUUGGAGCAUGAAGGAUACUUCGGUGCCCUGGGUUGUUUGCUUCAAUUCAACGGUGAGCUGGCAGCCGCCCUCAACGACGGAGUGGAUCAUCCAACUCACACAUCUACGGAAGCAAGCGAGGUCGGUGGGUGUGUCGACGCAACGACAGUUAGCUCAGCAGAUGAGCCACCAGAGUAUGCGCCAACAAGCAAACACUCCACUAGGUAGUCGCUGUAACCACAUGUUCCUCCUGAGGGCACCCGAAGUGGGCCAUCCCAUUGUAGUACAUGUACAGUAGACCUAAGAUCUAAAAGGCAAUGGCAAUGACUUUGAUCCUUCGCAGUUUAUCUCGGUAUUUAUCGUAAUUCUUUAUCGGCUUUAGUUGUUACUUGACGCACAAAUUGUAAAUGCAUGAAAUUACUGAAUGGAUAAAGUGCCUGCUAGCAAGCAACGAAUUUUGGCUCCAUCAAUGCCGACCCACAAUUUAUAUCUUAAUUUUCACCCGCGUAACAUUGUUCUAUAUAUGUUACUAUCAUGCAAUCUUUGUCAACUUUCGGUAGUUUUUAGUUUCUUUUCUACAGUGAUAGAAGUUAGCUCUCUAAAAAGUAUUACAAAUACUUGACAAAAGGCAACGCAAUCGAAAGUCUUGCGCGCAACAAUUAGUUCAAGAGCCCAUGUCCCUCGACAAUAUUCAUGCAUACCUAUAAGUUUUUAUCUUAACGUUUGUGUACAUGAUUUAAGUGGAUGUUUUAAAGUUUUCUUUUUAGAGUAUAAGUUUGUGGUCAUGUUAUGAUAGGAUCCAAUUUGUCGGCAGGUCAAUAAAACUUGUUUUAAAAACA